AUGACUGGCAUGGAUCCGACGACCUGGCGCGCGUGGGAGGACGAGAUCGAGCGACUGGAGACCGCUGGCACGGACGCCACGGCGGAAGUUGCCACUUUUGCUGCCUUGACGACUUUCCUGCGCCGACAGUGCCGCGCGCUCAGCUCCGUCGAGGCCUCUCGCCCUGCUCGUUCAGCCAACACGGUCAGCAUGCGCUCUCCGGCCCCCCCGUUUCCUGGUCAAAACUUUAGAGCCCUUGCCACGAGUGGCUCGCUGCCACCAUGCCCGUCGUGCAGAGAGUCGCACUACCUGGGUCACUGCGCGCAAUUUCAAGGCCUUGACGCGCAGUCCCGGCGACGCAUGGUCUAUCAAGGGCAGCUAUGCUUUAACUGCCUGAGACCAGGCCACGCAGUAAAGUUCUGCCCUUCACGGUCCGUCUGCCAGCAGUGCAGGGAGCCCCACCACAGUCUGCUGCACGAGAGCAACCAUCGGCGCAAGCCUGAAUCGGAUCAGCGUCCCUCUUCGCCCAAGAAGCCAAAAGUCGACAGCGCGGGCCCGUCCGCCACCGACUCACAGCAUCAGGGGCCUCCAUCGUCCUGA